AUGUACCGAAGCGGACGCUCUCGUUUCACAGCGGACCUUAAAUAUAUCAUCGGAAUGAUGUCGAUACUUCAAAUAACCGCGACCACGGAUUACGGCACGCCGAUAGAAAUAAAGUUCUGGGACUCUCAACGCAAUCCACUACAUCAUAUGAUAGACGUGACUAACGAAUUCGGUUUAAAAGUUCUCGCUGAACAUAAUUUUUUGAAUGAAAAUAACAUUGCCUUUUCACCGUACGGCCUGGUUGGGAUCUUGGUGGCCCUUUACGAAGGUGUUGAUGGUGAAUCCUCUUAUCAGAUCCAGAGGAGUAUGCCGCUACCUUGGAACAGAAACGUCAUGAGAAUUGGUUUCAGAGAUAUACAUCGCACGUUAAAAACUUAUUUUGUCCCGGAGGAAGGCUUUCUCGCUGGAUUGGCACUUAACAAUGAGAACGUCACAUUUAACGAAAGCUAUAAGAAAAUUUUAAAAUUCUACGGAUUUGAUUUGGAUCAAUCAAGCUCUAAUGAUACAAAUAUGAAUACGACUAAUACAUCAUCUACAACAGAAACAGCUAAUAACACCUCCACAAGUACAGAAAACACACCGGUAACAACUCCUCCAACUACAGAACCGUCUAAAGAAGAAACUACUUUAAAUCCAAACGCCGAGACAAUUGACAUACGAGAGUCUAUGACUGCAACAACGUCUAUGACAUCAGCGGUCACAGAAAGUGCACCACAGUUAAUCUCUUCUACAACCCCAAUUGCCCCUGUUGAAGAAACGACCAGUACGACUAUCACUGCAUCAGUACCGGAAACAACUACUAUUAUCACUUCUACGAUUACAGAGCAACCAACGACACAGACACCGACCGAUGGCUCUACAAUGACCACUGAAAUGAUGACGGCAAGCUUAAUGGAUGAAACUGAAAGUACUCCAAUGGGUACUUCUAGUACAAGCGAUAUAACAACGGAAGUAUCGCCAAACGCAGACACUGAAGCAUCAACAACUCAAAUCACAACAGAAAUGAGUUCAGUUUCAGAGAGCGAAACAACCGAAGAAACUACAGUAACCAGUAUUGAUUCAACCAUCGCUUCUACGACGCCAUCACCAACACCCGAAUCACUACAACGUAGAAAGAAAUCAAUUGUUGAAUUUAUUUAUACAAAUCCUCCAUACUUUGAUCAUUCACUAUUUAGAUCUUUCGACGUAGGAAUAGAUCUGCCAAAUGAAUACAACGAUAAAGAUAAAAUGUUCUUAGUAAAUGGAUUAAGAAAUAUUCAGGUCUCAUAUAUGCAUUACGACUCCAUAUUAGAACAUGCGUAUCUGCCUCACUUGGAGGCGUCUGCUCUUCGGCUUCCUCUAGACAGUGACCGUUACUAUCUCCUGGUGGUGCUUCCCUUACGAAGAGGGGAAGGCGAGCUGGCUCGGUUACUAUCACGAAUGGCACGAGAGUCUGAUCUCUCCGAUGUAUACGCGGCUCUGCGACCUCGAAGAGUAAAGGCGGUCGUCCCAAGCUUUACAGUGAAGGGGCACAUCGCUUUAACCACGGACUUACAAAAAGUAGGCACUAUCACUAUACUAAACGAUGCAAUACUUGCAAUUGUUAUUUCAUGUAUCCGGGAUGUGUUCGAGCCUCGGCAGACAGAUUUCACGCCGAUGACACACCUGCCCGGGGUGUAUGUCCGGAGCAUAGAACAGGCUGUAUCUGUCGUCAUACGAAAAUACCAACCCGACACAUUGAAGAAUAGUAAGCAUUCACUUAUUUUAAGAGGAGUAUAG